AUGGGAUCGACAAAUGUUACCAUUGACGACCUGAAAGAAUUUCAUCAUGAUGACUCUCUUGCUGAGUUACCUCUUUUGCAGACAACUAAGAAAGUCAAAGAAGUUCCAGAAUCGAUGGAAGUUGUACCAACGGUUACCGAUCCUGAUGUUUCUAGUGACGAGGAUAAAAUCCCUACUCGGGGUAUCCCUAUUGAAUGUGCCACUCCACGAUAUUUGUGGAUUCAAAGGAAUCAUGAUGAUGACAAUAUUUUUGUAGAUCUUGCAGUGUAUUCUGACACAGAUUGGGCAGGUUGUGUAGAAGACACGAAAAGUACAUCAGGAGGAUUUUACUAUGUUGGACUAAACCUUGUUGCUUGGUACAGCAAGAGACAAAAUUCGCAAUCUCUAUCAACUUGUGAAGCCGAAUACAUUGCUGCAGGUUUGUGA